AUGAACCCUGGGGGUGGGAACGUGUCCGGGUUGAUCUCUUUCGCCCUCGGAGCCGUGAGCGGGUUCGAUUCCGACCCGUGGCCCCCUAGUGGAUCCCAGGAGAACUCCCUGCAUCUCAACAACCUGACUAACCCGGGCUGCCGUGGACAGGAUGUGGUCUACAACGGCGCCGACGCCCGGCUGGGGAACUGGUCUGCACUAAGCACUGGAGGAGCCGUCCACGAGGAGGGCGACAGGAUUUACGGGUCUCGGUGUCCCCCCCGAGCGAUGGCGGGGGAGAAGAACUGGGCGGCGCUGCUCAUCUUGCUGGUCAUCGCCCUCACGGUCAUGGGGAACAUCCUGGUGAUCCUGGCCGUGUCCCUGGAGAAGAAGCUGCAGAACGCCACUAACUACUUCCUGAUGUCACUGGCCGUCGCCGACAUGCUGCUGGGCAUCCUGGUCAUGCCGGUCUCCAUGGUGACCAUCCUGUACGAUUACGGGUGGCCCCUCCCCUCGGACCUCUGUCCCAUCUGGAUCUACCUGGACGUGCUCUUCUCCACAGCGUCCAUCAUGCACCUGUGCGCCAUCUCUCUGGAUCGCUUCAUCGCCAUCCGCAACCCGAUCCACCACAGCCGCUUCAACUCCCACACCAAGGCCCGGGUGAAGAUCCUGGCCGUGUGGACCAUCUCCGCCGGGAUCUCCAUGCCGAUCCCGGUGCUGGGACUCAGAGAUCACUCCAAGGUGUUCAAAGAUGGCAGCUGCCUGCUGACAGAUAACAGCUUUGUGCUGGUGGGCUCCCUCGUGGCGUUCUUCGUGCCGCUCACCAUCAUGGUGGUCACGUACUUCCUGACCAUCAACGCCCUGCGGAACGAAGCCACCCUGUGUCUGGACCAGCUGGUGCCGCGGCCCAAGUGGAGCACCACCUUCACUUUGAGCUUCUUACCUCAGAGCUCUCUGUCUUCUGAUGGAUUGUUCCGACGCUCGCUGAGCCGCGAGGCCGGCGGCCGGGGGAGCGCCGGCGGCCUGGGAGGCGAGCGCGGCAGCGUGUCGGGCUCGCUGUUCGGACGCCGCACCAUGCAGUCCAUCAGCAACGAGCAGAAGGCGUCCAAGGUCCUGGGCGUGGUGUUCUUCCUCUUCGUGGUCAUGUGGUGUCCGUUCUUCAUCACCAACGUGCUGGUGGUGGUGUGCGACCCGGCGGCGUGCGACCCGGGACUCAUGGGGGGGCUGCUGAACGUCUUCGUCUGGGUCGGGUACUUGUCCUCCGCCGUCAACCCGCUGGUCUACACCUUGUUCAACAAGACGUAUCGAGCAGCGUUCCUGCGCUACGUCCGCUGCCGCUACCAGACGCCGAAGAAGCCUCUGCAGCUCAUGCUGGUGAACACCAUCCCGCCACUGGCGUUUAGCUCCUCCCACUUGCCGCUGGCCGCCAUCGCAAAGUUACGAAAUGGAGCUGCGCUCUCUAGUGGUGAAGGGAGGGACUUCUCUUUACCCGGGCGGGAAAUAUUAUCGUGUAAGUCGGACAAAAGCCAGAAAGACGGGGAUGAAAGCUGCGUGUGA